AUGACUUCUCAAUUGCCUUACAAGACCCGCAAAAUAAUUCCAAUUGCUAUCGCAGUGUUUCUUGCGUACGUACUACUGUCAUUUAUUAUCAGAGACACUGGAGACACUGUGUGGCCAUAUGAAUUGUCACGUUUUUCACGAAGUGGCAUACGUGAUGGAGAUUUCGACCACAUCUCAAACACCACCCUUGGGUUUGAGCACAUAUAUGCUAUUGGUUUAAAAGAGCGCACAGACAAGCGUGAUUUUUUUACAGUAUCAGCCUCGGUCUCCGGCUUCGAAGUUGAUUGGGUUGACGGAGUUCGCUCACAAGACUUACAGCAGAAAGCGCUACCAAAUGGAUACAACCUUUCAACCAUAGAGCCCAAUGCUGUUGGAUGUUGGCGCGCUCACAUGAAUGUAUUGAACAGUGUCAUUGCCAACUCUUAUUCCACCGCCUUGGUACUAGAAGAUGAUGCCGACUGGGACGUGAACAUCAAGGCACAACUCCGUGAAUUUGCCCGUGGUCUUCACUCUCUGAAAGGGGAUAAAAAGGUAUCCAAGCAGGCUCCUUAUGGAACUGAGUGGGAUCUUCUCUGGAUUGGAGGAUGUGCAUCAGGGCCACAUGCGAAUGAAACUCAAUUCUACGCCAUACCUGAUGACCCAACAGUCCCAAGGGUCGAACGUCGAGGCACAUGGCUUGGCCCUCUCGACAGCUGGAAAGAUGUGUUUCCUGAAGACUCGACGCGAUUCAUUUACCGCGCUGAAGUAGGCUGUUGCACUUAUGGAUACGCAGUCACAAACAGAGGGGCGAAAAAGAUCCUUACCGCUCUAGCCAUCGAUCACAUAGAGGCCCCGGUUGACAAUGCUAUGUCUGAAUUGUGCGGUGGCCUUGGUGAUCGUGAGCGUAUUGAGUGUUUCGCGCCAUUCCCCAAUCUCAUCGGAACAUAUAGACCAGCGGGUCCAGCAUACAAAGAUUCCGAUAUUAAUAGCGGCGACCAAAGUGUUCAUGAGGAACAAGCUUAUAACCUUGUAUACAGCACGCGACGCAAUAUUCACAGAUUGGUUUCUGGCGCAGAAACGGUCUUUUCACAAUGGGGUGAGGAGUCACCAUGGUCACCAGGAGAAGUGAAUCCGAAAGAGCUUGUUUAUCCACGGGGCUACCAUUUUCACUAG